AUGCCGAGCGAGCGUCUUCUUUCACCCCUUCUGGAAUAUGGCUCGGACAGGGCGCCCACUGCUCAAAAGGGAAAUACUAGGAUUCUCGGCGCGGAGAACAAUGGUUUCGGCUCCCUCAAGGAUUCUUCUGUCGAAAAGGACCAUGAAACUACCGAUUCGAUUGAACCAGCUCCAGACAAAGCGUCUCCAUUUACCAACGAGUUCUUCAGCGACCUGGCAAAGGCUAUCAUUCGCAGCUUUCCAUUCGAGCAAUUUGCCAAGGAUCAUGCUUGCGAGGUUAAUGAUGUCGUCCAGGCGAUCCAAGCCACAAUUGUUAAGCCUUUCUCGAAACCCUUGGGUCAAGCGCACAAAGAUCAGGGUUCUUUGGGGUUGAAGCAAGCUCUCCCGUCGAGGACUGGAGAGGUUAAACAAACGCCAGGACAUGCAGAAGGCAGAGCUGUACCUGCCACACCAAGGAACAAGGGUCUCUUGUACUCUCAAGGACUUGUUGAUCGAGGAUCGGCCCGCCGCAAGACGUUGGUUCCUCUGGGCGUCGGCCGAACGCUGGUGUAUCAAGACAUUUAUGGCAAUUAUAUUCCCGUCAGACCGGUAAAGGACAGUCCUCCAGAUCCUCGACAGUAUAAGCGUCGUAAGGUCAAGAAUGGACGACAAGAUUUGCGGUACGCACCGAUCGACCGGCCUUUGGAGACUCCGCAGCGCGAAAAAUCAGACUAUGAAUUCUCCUAA